CUUUGCCCUGGAGGGACUGUUACAGGAAGAGACCGGAGCGCUGUGGAAGAGGACUUAUUACCUGACGGAAAUCUUUUAGGAGGGUGACAUGGAUCAAUCGAAAAGAAGCAGUGAAGUCCAACUCCCACCUCCCUACUCUCAGGACGAUGGUCAACAGAACACCUAUGGUCAACAGAACACCUAUGGUCAACAGAACACCUAUGGUCAACAGAACACCUAUGGCCAACAGAACACCUAUGGCCAACAGAACACCUAUGGUCAACAGAACACCUAUGGCCAACAGAACACCUAUGGUCAACAGAACACCUAUGACCAACAGAACACCUAUGGCCAACAGAACACCUAUGGCCAACAGAACACCUAUGGCCAACAGAACACCUAUGGCCAACAGAACACCUAUGGCCAACAGAACACCUAUGGCCAACAGAACUCCAGUUCUCCCCACUACGGUCUGAACGUUGGCCCUGGCAACAUAGCGGUGGUCUCACCAGCGGGUCAGUAUAACGACAUGGGCCAGGGUCAUCCUGAGGACCAACAACAAUGGGCUGCUCCACUACCACCUGACUAUUCCACCGGGCUGGAGGACACCGGCUGCUUUGAUGACAAAGCCAUAAGAAGAGGCUUUAUAAAGAAGGUGUACCUGACUCUGAUGAUUCAGCUUCUAGUCACCUUUGGGAUCAUCUGUGCCUUUCUGUAUUGGGAGGCUCUGAGGCUCUGGUCUAUGAGGACCUAUUGGUUUUCAUCCUGCAUGAUAGCAGUGGUGCUUGUCAUCAUCAUUUCCUUGUCCUGUUGUGUCAAUGUACGUCGGAAGGUCCCACUCAAUUUCCUGGCCUUGGGACUGUUUACCACUGCAGAAGGUCUACUGCUGGGCUCUGUGACUGUGUUCUAUGAGGCGGAAGCUGUUAUGUGGGCUGUGGGCGCCACAGCACUGGUCUCCCUGGCUCUGAGUGUCUUCGCCAUGCAGUCCAGAUGGGACUUCACCUUAGCCAGUGGGGGCUUGUGGGUGUUCUGUUGGACUCUCAUAUCCUUUGCAUUGUUGUGUGGAAUCAUGCGAUCCCAGUACCUGUACAUUGUGUACGCUUGCCUGGGAACCUUGCUAUUUUCUUUGUACCUGGUGAUGGACACUCAGCUCAUACUGGGCGGGAAACACAAAUACAGCAUUUCACCAGAGGAGUACAUCUUUGCUGCUCUCAACCUGUACCUGGACAUCAUCUCUCUGUUCACCAUGCUCCUGGCACUCAUUGGACUCAGCCGUUAACUUAAUACGCUGUUGUCACAUCAGAUAGCGCAACAAGCCACCUGCCCUGGUGUUGUUGAGGGACGAGCGUGGAGUAGGAAAUUAGGAUAAUGCCUUUUUAAAAAUUAAAUGAAAUCAAAUGUAUUGGUCACAUACACG